CGUUUUGCCUAACACCAAGUUGUCGGAAAAAAUCAUCAGAUGCGGAAUUAUCUGUUUUUCACGAUUAAGGGUACUCAAGGAGCUCGCUAGCUAUAUAUCAUGGCUGUAGUAAUGAGCUCGACGUGCCCGGGAUUGUAUUGUGGAAAGACACUGAUUAACGGCUCUUUCGAGGGGGAAUGCGGGGUGUGUCCACGAGGUGAGAGGACCAAUGCGCACAAGAUCUGUGAAAAAUGUACAGAGUCCCCAGAGCUCUAUGACUGGCUGUACCUAGGUUUCAUGGCAAUGCUUCCUCUUGUACUGCACUGGUUCUUCAUUGAAUGGUAUUCUGGGAAGAAGAGCUCCAGUGCACUCUUCCAGCACAUCACAGCACUGUUGGAGUGCAGUGUGGCAGCCAUCAUGACGCUGCUGGUUAAUGACCCAGUGGGUCAGCUGUCCAUCCGGUCCUGCAGGGUCCAGAUGCUGUCGGACUGGUACACCAUGCUGUAUAACCCCAGCCCAGACUAUGUCACUACACUGCAUUGCACACAAGAGGCUGUCUUCCCUCUGUACACAAUAGUGUUAAUAUACUACGCUUUCUGCCUGGUGCUCAUGAUGCUGUUGAGGCCACUGCUGGUGAAGAAGAUUGCAUGUGGUUUAGGAAAAUCGGACCGCUUUAAAAGCAUCUAUGCUGCCCUCUAUUUCUUCCCAAUUCUCACGGUUCUGCAGGCUGUAGGAGGAGGCCUCCUCUACUAUGCAUUUCCAUACAUUAUCUUGGUCUUGUCCUUGGUCACGCUUGCAGUGUACAUGUCAGCCUCAGAAAUACAGUCCUUCAAAAACCUGAUUGCCAAGAAAAAGAGGUUGGUGGUUCUGUUCAGCCAUUGGCUGCUCCAUGCAUAUGGCAUCAUCUCAAUCUCCCGAUUGGACAAACUGGAGCAGGACCUGCCUCUGUUGGCCCUGGUACCUGGUCCUGCACUCUUCUACCUACUCACCGCCAAGUUCACCGAGCCGAACAGGAUCCUGUCAGAAGGGGGAAAUGGGCACUGACAGCUCUAAGUUAGGAAACAUGCCUUCUAAUUGCUUGUGUGGUCAGUGUUCACACAGGUUUGCCAUGUUUUGCCCAGUCAGCAGCUGUCAACAUGGGGAGGGGAUCUACUGGUUUCAGCUGCGGUUUACCCUUGCUUUGUCUGUUGUACCUGCUGCAGACCCAGAAUUGGUGACUGCUCUAUGGGUAGUCGCAUGUUACAGUCCAUCCAAAAUGAAUAUUGAAAUUACUUACUGUACAUACUUGUAGAAAGUGAAGCUACACAUCUGUAAUUCACAUAUCACCUUAAUGUGUGACUUACAUUGUACCAAUACAUAUUUGUGAUCAAAUUAAUCUGUCUUCUGACUUGUGCAUUGAAUUGAACUGGAUCCAGUCUUAAUGUCUGCAUUGUACAUUUUCUAUCCCAAAUAAUUAGGAAAUUUGCAAUGUAGUUCACCCCAUAUGCUAUACAGUAUGUUGUACUAAUUUGUCAUUUGUCAUAAUUGUGGUACAGUCAUGUGUAGUCCUUGAAAUGCAGGUGUUGACAUUGUGCUGUGAUUGCCUCAGAUCACAAUGGUGUUGAGAGGGAAAACUGUUCUAUAUGGCUGAAAGAAAUGUCAGUAUCAGUGUGCCAAAUCCUUUGUUGUAUCCUUUCCCAACACACAGGUAAAACUGCAUUCAGCACUAAAGAAACCAAAUUUUGUAAAUCUACUCUGCAUGUAGGAUAAUCAAACACAUUAAUGUAAUAUUUUGCUGCUGUAUAUAAAUACUAAUAUGUAUAUAUCUGUGCAAA